CCCAUCCCCCAUCCCUCCACCACCAUCCGUAUCCUCCCUUGCCUUUAGAAUACAGUGGCAGUGGCAGUGAUGGACGCCGGUCGUGAGCAGAGCCUGGAGGACUCCCAGGAGCCGCUGCUGGCCAGCAAUGACGACCGCUUUGUCAUGUUCCCCAUCAAGUACCGCGACAUCUGGGAGAUGUACAAGAAGGCAGAGGCCUCCUUCUGGACGGCUGAGGAGGUCGACCUCGGCAGCGACGUCAAGGACUGGGAGCGGCUGAGCGACGACGAGCGCCACUUUGUGUCACACGUCCUCGCCUUCUUCGCCGCCUCUGACGGCAUCGUCAACGAGAACCUGGGGGCGCGCUUCAUGCAGGAGGUGCAGGUGCCAGAGGCCCGCGCCUUUUACGGCUUCCAGAUUGCGAUGGAGAACAUCCACAGCGAGAUGUACAGCCUGCUGCUGGAGGCGUACAUCAAGGACCCCAAGGAGAAGGACAAGCUGUUCCAUGCCAUAGACACCGUGCCGGUGGUGCGCAAGAAGGCGCACUGGGCGCUCAAGUGGAUCAACGGCUCCGACCUCUUCUCGGAGCGCCUGAUUGCGUUUGCGUGCGUGGAGGGCAUCUUCUUCUCCGGCUCCUUCUGCUCCAUCUUCUGGCUCAAGAAGCGCGGACUCAUGCCCGGCCUCACCUUCUCCAACGAACUCAUCUCGCGCGACGAGGGACUGCACACCGACUUUGCCUGCCUGCUGUACAGGCACAUCCACAACCGGCUGAGCGAGGAGCGGGUGGCGGAGAUUGUGACGCAGGCGGUGGAGAUUGAGAAGGAGUUCAUCUGCGACGCGCUGCCCGUGGACCUCAUCGGCAUGAACUCGCGCCUCAUGGGACAGUACAUCGAGUUUGUGGCAGACCGCCUGCUGGUGGCGCUGGGCAACCCCAAGGUCUACAACGUGUCCAACCCCUUCGACUGGAUGGAGCUCAUCUCGCUGCAGGGCAAGACCAACUUCUUUGAGAAGCGGGUGGGCGACUACCAGAAGGCCGGCGUGAUGAACGGGCUGGGCAGCAACGACAACCACGCCAUCGCCUUUGAUGAGGACUUCUGA